GUGAGUCACGGGCGGAGCUGGCCUCGCUCGCAAGCUCUCUCGCUCGCUCGCUGGCUCCCGCCCGCCCUCCGCCCCUCCUCCGCAGGGUCGGGUCGCGGCCCCAGCUGGCCCUCGGCCCCUGCCCCUCGCCGCUGCAGAGCCCUCCAGCGCCAGGGCCCCGGAGCGCCCGCCGGAUAGCGCGCCUGCCAGCCGCGCCCGGAAUCCGAGUGCAGCCUCGAGGUAGGAGCCCAGGUCGGGGCAGCGAGGGGCCGGCGCUCCUGGGAUCCUCGGAAAGACGUGCCCGGAACGCGCCCCAGCCUCCUGUGGCGCUGGGGAAGGUCCCACCUGAGGCGUCCCUGACCGUCCCUGUCCCCCACCCCAGCCCCCAUCCCGGCAAUGCUAACCGCUGUCUGCGGCUCUCUGGGCAGCCAGCACUCGGACGCGCCUCACGCCUCCCCUCCGCGCCUGGACCUGCAGCCUCUCCAAACAUACCAGGGGCACACGAGCCCGGAGGCCGGGGACUACCCCUCCCCGCUGCAGCCUGGAGAGCUGCAGAGCCUCCAGCUGGGCCCCGAGGUGGACUUCUCGCAGGGCUAUGAGCUACCAGGGGCCUCCUCUCGAGUAACCUGCGAGGACCUGGAAAGCGACAAUCCCUUGGCCCCGGGACCCUUUUCCAAGCUCCUGCAGCCGGACAUGUCACACCAUUACGAAUCGUGGUUCCGGCCGACUCACCCAGGCACUGAGGAUGGCUCGUGGUGGGACCUUCAUCCGGGCACCAGCUGGAUGGACCUCCCCCACACUCAGGGCGCGCUGACCUCACCUGGCCACCCGGGGGCGCUUCAGGCUGGCUUGGGGGGCUACGUUGGAGACCACCAGCUUUGUGCCCCGCCAUCCCACCCACACCCGCACCACCUCCUCCCAGCCGCCGGAGGGCAGCACCUCCUGGGGCCUCCCGACGGGGCAAAGGCCUUGGAAGCUGCCGCCCCGGAGACCCAGGGGCUGGAUUCCAGUCUGGAUGGGGCGGCCCGGCCCAAAGGCUCCCGGCGGUCAGUGCCCCGAAGCUCAGGUCAGACCGUGUGCCGCUGCCCCAAUUGCCUGGAGGCGGAGCGACUGGGGGCUCCGUGCGGGCCCGAUGGGGGCAAGAAGAAGCAUUUGCACAAUUGCCACAUCCCGGGCUGCGGGAAAGCCUACGCCAAGACGUCGCACCUAAAAGCGCACCUGCGUUGGCAUAGCGGCGACCGUCCCUUCGUGUGCAACUGGCUUUUCUGCGGCAAGCGCUUCACGCGCUCCGACGAGCUGCAGCGCCACCUCCAGACCCACACCGGCACCAAGAAGUUCCCCUGUGCCGUCUGCAGCCGGGUCUUCAUGCGCAGUGACCACCUGGCCAAACACAUGAAAACCCACGAGGGCACCAAAGAGGAGGCUGCGGGGGCCGCCACCGGCGAGGGCAAGACCGGAGGAGCGGUGGAACCCUCCGGGGGCAAAGGCAAGCGGGAGGCCGAGGGCAGCGGCGCAGCUCCCUCCAACUGAGCCCUCUAACCCCGCUGGUUACCCUGGGGACAUCAGAAGAGACCCCCCUGGCCUGAUGUCCUUGGGGGGCGGCUCGAGUAAGAGGAGAAAGUUGUUAUUUAUUGAAAGGGAGGGAAAGUGGUGUGGGGUCAGGGAGAGGGGGCUUAGGGGUGUUUUAGUCUCAGGCUGGACAGGACGCUUUUGACUGUUUGGCUGGGCCGGGGGAGCUGCGCACGCCCCUCUGUCCGCGGUCUCCUCACUAGUUCACCCAGGUCCCCGAGCUGGGGGGACGGGAUGAGGUAUCCCUACCGCGGCUGGAGGGCGGAGGGGACCCGCUGGAGAAGACGUGCAUCCCGGGAGCAGAGAGGAGUGGGGCGGCCCCGGGCGCUGGGGGUAGCUGUCUGGACGCGUUCUUAGCGCCUGGGAACCGGGACAUAAAAGCGCCUCCGGAACCGCCCAGCGGCCCCGGUCUCUUUCAUCCCCUUCACAGUGCUUCUUCCCCUAGGGUUUCCGGAGGGAGAGCCGAGACAGGGUAGUGGAGGCUGGGGGUCCCCUUUGGGGAGGGGUCUGCAGCAGGCCGGGAGGGUUGUUGCUGUAGAAAUAACUCCUUUGAUGCUCCUUCUUAUUAAUUAACCCCUCCAGACCCAGUCUGAUGGAGCCAUGAAGGACGAGGGGAAGGGGGCCAGAAUCGAGAGCGGGUGUUGGCGGGUGGGUAAAGAAGUCCCCUUCUAAAAUGAGAGGAAGCAGUUUGGUGGGGGAAUGGAAGGAACGGGCCCCUUCCCUCUCAAACUCGGAUUCAGUCCUUAACUCUUGGUCUUUAUAAAAAAUAAAGUUCAGAAGUCCACGUUCCCCAUCAGUUACCCCCACCCCCAUGCCAGGUGAGCUUUCAAGGCGGCCGGAAGACCCCACUUCAGAAUCCAUGUAGUUCCUCACCCUGGGCGCCCCGUCAUUUAUUUGUUCCCUGUGGGGAUGGAAGGAAUGGGUUACCUCAGCUAUUUGGAAGUCGGUGGGGGCACCCCAGUAGAGGAGUGUCCCGGGGUCCCCCUCCGUGGACUCUGUGUCUGCCUGGCCAGCUCCUGCUCGCCCUCCCCUGCCCCUGCAGAGUGGGCGUUAAGAGGUGCCCCCCUUCCAUAUGAAGGAGUGGUUCUCCCACUGGGUAGGGGUCUCCUGCCUUCUGAGGGGAUGUCCAGGGAGCUGUCCCUAGUCCCCUCCAGACGCUGGAACCACAUCCGGAUAGUGACCGUGGACCCGGGAAGUGGGCCGGGGCGAGGGCAGCUGAGGCGAGCCUGGCGCAGGGGAGGGUGCGGAGCUAGUGGGCUUUCCCGGGCUUGCAGUAGAGGCCAGAUGCUCCCCCCCACCCCCCCCACCUCCCCUUUCCCUGGCCCUCUGUCCAUGCAGAGCCUUAUUUGAGGAUUAGUUGUAUAUUGAUUUUUAAGUUAUAUGCAAAGGGUAUUUUAUUUAAUAUUAGGACAUGUUGUGUGUGUGUGUGUGUGUGUGUGUUUCUCUACUGAGCCUGGGGUCUCCAGUCAGGGAGACCCUCUCUUGUUCGCCCCGUCCACGGUCCUGGGGUCUAGGCCCACAGUGCCUCUCCCUCCCUGGGGGAUGCUGGAACCCAGUCCGAGGACUGGGGGCUCGACGGGGUGUGAGGCUGGGGUCUGGGUGGGAGUAUGUGUUUGUGUAGAAGGGAGUCCUUAAAAGGGAUAAGGGGACCCUCCCUGAGAGACUCGUGGGCCUGGGGUAGUUUGAGAAGUGAUGUUCUUUCUUUAGGCCGCUCUUAUCCCGACCUCCUGCUAACCCCACCAGAGGCUCCUUUUCUGGCUGAGAGGUCUGGGGGCAGGAGAGGGCUGGCCGUGCCUGCAGGUUGCCUGACCAGGUGGAGAGAGGGGGAGAGAGGGAGGGCACCGUGGGUGUGAGAUGCCUUUCUCCUCCACCCAUCGAAACCAGCCGCCCCCUCCCUGUGCUGCCAGGACAGCUCUUCCCAGUGACCAUUCUAGUGGGAACUCCCGAACGGGUGUUGGUGGGGGGGGGGCAUGGAUGUUCCCCCCAGGGAGGCCCCCAGCUCUAAGGUGUUGGGUGAGGGCUUCGGUUAGGUUUUCUUUCUGCUCCCCCCUUUUAUAGAUCUAGGUUGCUUGGCUGCCUGUCCCCUUCUAGGCAGCCCCCUAGAGGAGAAAUGUAGGAUUUUUUUUUUCUUUAACUGCUGUGAACCCACUUUGUUGGGGCGGGGGGAAGAGGAGAAAGAAACAGCCUGUGUUUUUUAUGCCAUAAUAAAGUCAUCAGCCA